AUGCAGGUGGAAAAGGAAGAAGAUGAUAUCAUUCUGGAUGAGGAGAACGACCCCAAAUGCCCUAAAAUUUGUUUUACUGCGACUGAGAAGAUAGGCCUACGUCGGGAAUGGAGGUCUGCCCUGGUAGUGAGGGGUUUGGGACGAAAUGUCUCGUAUCUGCCGUUGGUAAAAAGAAUUAAUUAUCUUUGGGCUAGGAAUGGAAAAUUUCUAAUUUCAGAUAAGCAUAAUGGAUGUUUUCUCGUACGGUUCAGGAGCAAGAUUGACUAUGAGAACGCGAUUGAGGGCGGACCAUGGAUGCUAGGAGAUACUUACCUUACUGUACAUCGCUGGUUCAAGGGCUUUAACCCUUGGAAGUCUCCAAUCAAGUCUACAAUGGUGUGGGUACAGCUGCCGGAACUACCAAUUGAGUUCUUUCACCCGAUGGCGGUGAAACGGAUUGUGGGAUUUAUUGGAAAAUAUGUUAGAACGGACAGGGAAACAACAGAAGGUGCUAGGAAAAAAUAUGCACGGGCGCGUGUUGAGGUAGACCUCACAAAGACGCUAUUGUCGCAAUACACUUUGGAGGAGGAGAAGUAUAAGAUUACUUAUGAAGGAUUACAAAAUGUUUGUUUUGACUGUGGGUGCUAUGGAUAA